AUGGCAACUUGUAAACAAACAGCAUACGAGUUAAUACAGGAUGUGUUUUCACCUUGUGUUGCAGUUUUGUGCAGUAAUGAUGUGGAGCAAAUUUGUGCAAAAAAUAAUUUGACGUUUGUUGAAAUGGUGCAACCUUUUUGUAGGCUCAAUACGGAAGUUACCAUACGAGACCCCAGCAACAUGCCCAGUACCAUAAAGAACUUCCGGGUGACCAUGAAAGAUCUGCGGUCCCAGCCCCACACGCUCUCUGUGGGCAAGAAGAUGAUGUAUGACGCUGUUGCGUCCAACGUCCCUUCCUCCCCUGACGGAAUCCUGAUGAACACUUUAAGCACUGAAAAUUAUCACCUCAAAUACUGCUCCUCAACUCCAUGGUUUGAAGCUUAUAGGGAAGUGUUUUUCCAAGUUACAUCUCCCACAGAACACGAAUUUGUACAUAAUUAUCUUUCAUGUGUGUUUGUUGUGUCUUCUUCUCACCAAGAUCCUCUGAGCCAGAUUAACGAGCUCUCUCAGCAGUUAGUACAGCACCAGCAGAACAGCCUCCACAACUCCAAGUGGUUUUUCUCAUUCAUCUUCACUUACUACCUUCUUUUACAUGAUGUGUCAUCCGAAGAUCUGGGAAAAGCUGAAGCAGUGUAUCAGAGCAUGAAAAGUUCAUAUGGUUCCUCAUCUUGCCACCUGUUGCAGAUAAAUUCUGCCACUCCAUCUGCUCAGAAUGCCAACAGUUCUGAUGAUAAUAAUGCUACCAUUAUGCCGGAUCCCUGGAGCCAGUUCCUCUUAAAGUUCAAUGUACAAAAUGAACUUUCUGUAAAUUCCAUGGCUGACGGCAUUAAAGCAACAGAGUCGAUUCAUCAUCCUCUGCUGUAUAACUCAGACAGUGGUCCUGGUUCUUCGGAUUCUGUGAUUGGUGGUGCUGCUGAUGAUGUUGAUUCAAUAUCUGGGUAUGUAAAUAAAUUUCAUAAAAACAGCUCCAAACUUAAAAGGCACGGACUUUGUCUCACACUCAGUGAUAUGGAUCGCAUCAAGUGUUUUGUUCAAGAGUUCUGUAUCCAGGGUCUCAUUCCAUUCAUUGAAAAGCAAGUUCGCUCCUUAAAUGAACAGGUAGCUAAUCGCAAAGGUAUACACCGAACAAUCUUUGGUGUGACGAAAAAGUUCUUUGGAAAUAAGCAACCUGGUAGCCAAAAUCCUGCAUCUUCAUUAAAUUCAGUUGUAUAUGGUCCCGAUGCUCCCGAACUGCAGGUGCGAAAGUUGGGAGACUUGGCUUUCAUGUUUCAGAUGUACGAAGUGGCUUAUCAAGCAUAUCACAAUGCUAAGCGAGAUUUCAGUGCAGACCAAGCUUGGCUUCAUUUUGCUGGUGCUUCGGAGAUGGCUGCUUUGUCUGUAUUUAUGCAAAAUAGCUCACUUCACGAGUAUCCUGCGCGUUAUAUUGAAAGUGCCAUUACUACAUAUCUACACACAUGCAAGCUCCCAGAACUGGCCACUCGAGCCACAUUCCUGAGCACCGAGUGCCUGAAAGCAAAGGGUCUGUAUCGGGAUGCCGCAACGCAGUUCAUACGCAUGCCCAGUGAGGCUGAUCUCCCCAGCGCCCUCUGUCUGGAGCAAGCUGCAUACUGCUACAUCAACUGCAAACCCUCAAAGGUCAGGAAAUAUGCAUUCCACAUCAUCUUGGCCGGUCAUCGCUUUAGCAAAGCCGGUCAGAGGAAACAUGCCCUCAGAUCUUACAAGCAGGCAGAACAAGUUUACAAUUCAGUUGGUUGGAACUUUGCCAACAAUCAUAUAAACUUCACCAUAGGACGUCUGUCAGUGCAGCUAGAACAGCUAGAGAGUGCGUGUACGGCAUUUGAACCACUUUUAGUAUCGAAGUGUCAGUUACCAGCAGCUGAGCAAGCUAAUUACCUCAGGGAAUACCUGUUUGUGUUGAAAAGACUGAUUAGCAAGAAAAGUGAUAGCAAACUUCCUACUUUACCGGUGCCAUUAAUAAAUGCUGAUGCUACUAAAAUCCUUUUAUCCGAAGACUCAGUCAAUGAUGAAAAUGGUGCUUAUUGCGUAACCGGACGAGGCUUCGAUCGUGGGGAUUUGAAUAACAAUAUUUGGAUGAAAUUGGAAGAAAUCAUUGCUUCACAUGCUCUUAACAAUCCUGUGUAUACUACCCAGCUGCAGUGUUUUACAAAUAGGACAAGCAAUGUUUCCAGGCCUAAUGCAAUUGUUGAUGAGGUCAUAAGCAUAGAAAUGAGUAUAAAAAAUCCCCUCUCUGUCAAUCUGGUCAUUGAAGAUGUCUAUCCACUCUGGACUUUCAGCCAACAGUCAGAAGGGAAUGAAGAAGCCGUUAUUUUGAGCAAUGAAAUUGAGACUGAGAAAGAUAGUCUGCAUGAAGCUAUUGUUAAAACUACAAUGUUGCCAAAAGUUUCAUUUGAACCUCAUGAAGAAAAGAAAAUCCAUCUGUUGCUUGUGCCCCAGCAAGUUGGUAGCUUAUCUAUAAAAGGCCUUGCAUACAGUCUCUUAGCUCACAAGUCUGUAGAUGAUACCACUGUGGAUUCUACGAGUGAGAAGCAAACAUCUGUUCUGUCGCUCUGUGGGAAGCAGUGCCUGAAUGUUAAGGGACCCAGGCUUAACAAGUCCACCGAGGAACGUUCAACGCUAGCUUAUGCAGAAGACAAUAGAUUAAAUAUAAAUGUGCUCAGUCCAAUGGCCAAAUUGCAGGUAAAAUUCAACACGUUUCCACAUAGUCUGUUUUGUGGCGAAAUUCAGAAAGUGACUGCCACGUUCACCAACGUUGGGAAGCAGAAGUUGCGGCGAAUCAUAGCGGCAUCCCCAACUCCUGGCAUCUUCGCCAUUGGCACUGCCGGAGAGACAAGCGAGCCCCACACCAUAUUCAAAGAGAGAUCUGCCAGGACUCAACCAAUCCCGGUGAUUGCAAGCUGGGAAUCUGAUUGGAUGACGGAGAUUUUGAUGCCUGGGGGAGAAUCUUGUUCCUUAAGUCCGGGGGAUUCCAUAGAUGUCCCCUUUUGGUUCAAAGGACCGGAAUUGCCUGGAGACCAUGAUUUAGACAUUUUGUUUUAUUAUGAAUCUGAACCAAGCAACCAUAAACUGAAGUACAGACUUUUACAACUUUCCAGUAUUCUAAUCACUUAUCCAUCUGUCAGCGUUCAGUCAAAGGCAAUGAGAAGUUUUUGUUCCGAAGAUAAGUUAUCCAAUUUUCAUCCCGCUGCUAUACCUAGUAGUCUCUUAUUGUCUGUAGAGGUUGGCAACAUCAGCCAGGAUAUCAAUCAAAUCAGUCUAGCUCAAAUUUCCUGCAUUAGUAAAAAUUGGUGCUUUAUGCCGACUGAAGAUAAUUGUCGUAGAGGUUUAUCUGUGAUACAUCCCGAUGAAAUGCUUUUAUUAACAUUGAAGGCUAUUGGCUUUGACCCCAAAACUACAGUUUCUAGUCAAGAAGUAAGGGUAUUUUCUCACAUUCCUAUGGGAAGAGUAGAAGUUGAUAGCAGUUCCACUCCAUGCUCAGAUUUCAGCCAAAAAUCUGGUCUGGACCUGGGGGCUCUGUUAUAUGCUGAUAAUUCCAAGGGUGCUCUUUCAGUCAGAGAUUGCAAUAAUAAACUCAAAACAGAGACUGACUUUAUACUUCUUUUAGUGCUUAUCUGGAAGGCAAAAGUCUCAAGGAAUGGUAAAGACGUUAUCAUUACUGGUCAGCAUCAUGUACCAAUCCAAAAUCUAGUGCCAUCUUCAGUGCCAGUCAAGUCCCCUUCUCAGGUUGCUGACAUCGCAUUGCAACCUCCGGAGACAGAAGUAGAACAACUUCAACAGAACCAUGUGCCUUCUGAACUGAUGAUAACAGCAAUGUUGCAGUGUUCAUUGAAUCAUCCUUUUAGUGUACAGCAUAAUUUUACAGUCAAAAAGACAGUUAUAGUUCCUGUUGAUUUUAUUAUUCGUAGCACAAGUGAUGUUGAAAUAUCUGUAGUCUUAGAUAAUGCAUCUCAGCAUGAUAGCAGCCUUCCACCCUUCAGUCCAGACGGAGGCUUCGGCAAGAUGUCUCGCGGGUUCUCUUGGGUCUCUGGUAGCAGAAGAGAGGUGGCAGUGAAGCCCCACGCCACCAUCCACCUCCCCCUGAGGGCGAUGUUCUGUGCCCCCGGAACCUACAACUUAAACAGUCUGAACUUACUCGUUAAAUUUGGGGAGAAUGCACAGUGCUUCUACACCCUGCCUGCCUAUUUAAUAAUCAUCAAUCCAUGUGAUACCACGUAGCGAACGAUUAUAUCUAGAACUCGUUUGAAGAUUAAGCUCCGUUUGCCGGACUCGGGAGUCCGAUUCUCGUGGCCCUAGUCUGGCUUCACUUGGUCCGAUUCACUUAA